UCUCGUCGAGGAAGCAGCGUGCGUGCGUUUUUCUCCGAGCCAGCGAGUGCCGGCACCGAAACCAGAGGACACAAAACCAAAACACACCUUUGGAUUUGCAGAAACUUUUUGUGCAGUGCAGCCGAUUAUGCGGCUAAGUGCGUGCUAGCCCGGAUUAAUUUGUGAAUAAUUCUCAGAGAAUUUUGUCAACGAGUUCGUUCACCAUGGGGCCAUUUUCGGCACUCCUGUGGAUUUCCAUCGCAUUGAUGGGCGCGACCUAUGCCGUCGAGAUGUCAGACACCAGGGAAGGCGAAGACAUCACUCUAGAGUGCCGUUUUUCGCCGCAACUCACAAACCAGGACCCGACCCUCUUUUGGCAACGCACAACCAGAAAGGUGGACAACGUCGUCGUCCAGGAUCGUUCUUUGGACAGAAAUUACAGACUGGAUUACCGUCCUCAAAUGGGCAGAUACGACCUGCUCAUCUCUAACGCCAGCUAUGACCGUGACAAUGGCGAAUUUGAAUGCAAAGUUUUGGCCACCGGCUCAGGACAAGAACUUCACUCGCAAAAGGUCCAAGUCACCGUUCUGACUCCUCCUGGUCCUCCUCGCGUGACUCCUGCCUCUCCCACCGCCACCGAAGGCAAGCCCUUGGAACUCACUUGCUCCAGCAUGGGCGGCAGCCCUGACCCUAUCAUCAGGUGGUACAAGGACGGCCUCAGCUACCCCCUCGAAUCUGUUCCCAAACCUGGACACUCGAGAAACCAGCCAACGUCUGCAAUUCUCAGCCUCACCCCUCAGAAACAGGAUGAUGGUGCCGUUUACCGCUGCGUUGUUUGGAAUAGGGCCAUGCCUGAGGGACAGAAACUGGAGACCACUGUCACCCUGAAUGUUAAUUACUUCCCUCGAGUUACUGUUGGACCUGAAAAUCCCCUCCGAGUGGAGAAGGAUGCCACUGCCACCCUGAAAUGCAGCGUGGACGCCAAACCUGCAGUCAGCAAUGUCCGCUGGACCCGUGGCGGCCGUUUCAUCGCCACCUCUUUCUCCCACUCGCUCCCCAGGGUUGCCCUUCAGGAUGCAGGCAGCUACGUCUGCACCGCCGACAACGGACUUGGCCGACCAGGUGAGGCUGAGCUUCAACUGGACGUUUUGUACCCCCCUCUUGUGGCCGUUGAGCCAAGGAAGGAGGCCGAGGAGGGAGAGAGCAUCAGGGUCCACUGCAAUGUUUCCGCCAACCCGGCGCCCAUCAGUGUUGAGUGGAUUCGCCCUGACCGCCCUGACUUCAGGCAAAGCGGCAGCAUCCUCAGUCUGCACAGAAUCACUGCAGACUCUGCUGGCACCUACAUGUGCCGCGCCAUCAACCUGGUCAACUCCAACGGACAGGAAUUUGAAAGGGUAGGCAACGCUUCACUUUCUCUGCGCGUCAGGCACAAGCCUGGACAGGCUAAGAUCUCCCCGGACAAACCAAUUGCCACUGAGGGCAGUUCGAUCAUUCUGACCUGCGAGGCGACGCCCUCUGGAUGGCCGGCGCCGCAGUUCCGUUGGUGGAAGGACAACUCUGAGGCCGCCAUCGCCACUGGCGCCAGAUACGCCAUCAACUCUGCCCAUCUCAACACCGAGGGCACCUACCACUGCCAAGCCACCAAUGACAUGGGACACGGUCCAUCCGCCUCCGUCCAACUCCAGGUGCACCAGGCCCCCAGGUUCAUUGCCAAGAUCCCAUCUCAGAAAACCAAAAAAGCUGGAGACAAAGACUUUGAAAUAACUUGCGGCGCUCAGGGCAAACCCAAGCCCAGCAUCAGGUGGCUGAAGGAUGGAGAUGAAAUUCUGCCCGGACUGAUGUACGACAUCCUUACUGACGAGAGUGAAAACACUGCUGGCGUUGGUACAGUCCAGAGCACACUUAGAUUUUCGGGCAAGAGCAGACCAGGUGGCAGCCAGAUUGUCCCAUCUGACCGUGGCCAGUACUCAUGUGUGUUCUUCAACUCCGUCAAGCAGACCGAAAGCACCAUGCAACUCAGAGUGGAACAUGAGCCAAUCAAGAUGCACCAAUACGAUAAGGUGGCUUACGAUCUGCAGGAAAACGCCAAGGUAACUUGCGCCGUGAAGGCCUUCCCUAGGCCCGAUUUUGAGUGGAGUUUCAACGGCAAGAGGCUUUUGACUGGCAUGGGCGAGCAUUACGACGUGAACGCCACCGUUCUGUCCGAGGAUAUGUUCAAGAGCAUCCUAGUCAUCAGCAGCAUCAGCGAUCUGGACUACGGCGAGUACUUGUGCACCGCCAGGAACGCCAUGGGCAUGCUGGAGACCAAUCUGAAACUGCAGCCCAAGGGCCAGCCUGAGAAACCUAACUCGUUGAUUGCCGUCGCCUCCACCCACAACUCGGUCACUCUGCAGUGGGACCCUGGCUUCGAUGGAGGACUCAUGGACACCAAGUACUUCGUCUCCUAUCGUAGAAUUGGCGCCCCUGACCAACUGCCUGGUUGCGACUCGUUCAGCGCCAGAGGUGACCCUAGAGAGGGACGCGAGUUCGACUGCCAGAGGAACAGCACCUGCAAUGUCACCUCCCUUGAGCCUCAUUACACUUACCUUUUCAAGGUCAAAUCUAUAAACACAAUGGGUUCAAGUGAUUAUUCUGAGGAAGUGACUGCCACCACCCAGCUCGAUGGUUUCCCCGUUCCCCAGAGAGUGACCUACGACCCCAGCACAGGGCAAGUGGCCAUCAACCUGGCCAGUAGCUGCCUGCAGUUGGUGGCUCAAGUCGAGCUGAGGGAUGAGGACGGCGAAUGGCGCACCUUCAACCGUCUGCCUGUCGGCGGUGUGUCUCACAAGGAGCUGCAAGUCCCUCUGGCUUCCCCUGUUCCGGUUUCCACUUUGGCCGAUGCCAUAAAUUCCGCCAGCCUGGAGUACGAAGAGUACGUCAGGGUGCGCCUUUGUCUGCAACAACCUGACGCCAUGUGUGGAGCGUACGUCAAAGCUGAGAUUGGGCCAAUGUACAUCAACAGUGCUGCAGCUCUGGCCACCCCUACCCUGGUUGCUAUUGUGGUUUCAGUCGUCGUUUUCAUCCUGCUGGUUGCAAUGAUUUUCAUCUUCUGCAAGUGCAAGCGCACCCAGAAGAAGGUCAAGAAGGACCACGAGUUGGACAACUCGACAUCUCGUCCCAGCAUUGUGACUCAACAGGCUCCUCCUCCUUACUACCCCAGCGGAAUGGAAAACAAGGCCCUCGAGCACUCACUUGACCUGGGACUCGAUGACCCCGCAAAGAACUCAGUCUACGGAACUGCCCCUCAUCCCAACGGUUACAGCUAUCACGCUAACCCUCCCAACGGCCACAUCAGUGGAGGAAUGAAUAUGCCCUACAUUGACAACAGCUACUCCAACUCAAACAACGGUGGCUCUGUAAACUCCCAGGACUCACUGUGGCAAGCGAAGAAUGGCGGAGGAGAAAUCCAGCAAACCCAAUCUCGCCAGUACACCCCUUAUGACGGCCACAGCUAUGGAGGAAUGGACGACUAUGGACAUUACCCACCAGUGCAGGACGAUUAUCUGAACCAGAGGAACAACUAUGUGGCCACUGACGCUUAUGGCAAUGUGCUGAAGCCAAAGAAAAGGGUGGAUCAUAUGGAUUCUCCCUACCAUGAUGUGAGUGGAUUGCCUGAUCCAUACGGUGAGCACCAGGUAGAUGGCGAUGAAAACAAGACUCAGCAUUUGGCUCUGUCCUUCGACGAGUCCCUGGAGAGCGGCUACAGCACACCGAACUCUCGUAGCCGGCGAGUUAUCCGAGAAAUCAUCGUUUAAAAGACUGCAGCCCCUCUGCGCUCACUCCUGGUCAGUGAAGCCCACUUUGUGACAAACAGACACUGCGUCCCUAAGCAAUCUACGUUUUAGUAGAUGAAGUGAACUUAAACUAAUUGUGUGGCCAAUCAAAAAUGGCAAAGAGUCGGAGACUUUGAGAGGUAUUUGUCCUCGCUGAAAGUUCUGCAAGUGUACAAUGAGUAAUAAAAAGGCAGAGCUGCUCACCUGAUUUGUCAUGUUGCUAAGUCAAAUGUAGUGAAUUAGGCAUUUGAACUCUAAACCAAGCUGGAUGUGCUCUCUUGAAAAAUUGAGGCUGUUGUGAGCAACAUGAUUCGUUUCUUAUUAUAUUUGUGUUCAUUUUCAAAAGAGAGCUUUUGUGCAAUAGCCUUUGUAAAUAUAUAUACUAUGCUUGUAAGUUACAAAGACUUUGACUGUACAUAUUAACACAAUAACAUUGCUGAUAAAAUCUGUGUCAAAACAGUGGCUGAAUGCCAGGAAGUGAAAGAGAAUUUUAAGAAAAGAAAAAGAACAUUUUUGACAUUUAAUUUUUCUCGUGUGAAAUGGGUUUCACAUUGUUUGAUCUCAUUUGCCAAAAUUUUUUUUGCCACUUUAUUCUGUUGAAAUUCUGCCGAUAGAUUAUGGAUUCCUCGACCCAUUAUGUUUUUGCUCAAUAUAAAAUUUUAAAGGUUGACUACUGUACAAAGAAAUAUAACUAGCUAAGUGUGUGUCUAUCACAAUUUCAAAUAAUUACAACAAAUUAAAUGUUUCUUCUCGCCUAUUCAUGACUUCUCAACAAUGUGUCACAUAAUUACUUCAUAUAUCUACUUUCUUUUUAAAUGUUGUGUAUGAGAUCAUAAUAUAUAAUGUAAUAAAAACAGUUGUUUAUAAUUUUA